AUGGUAUUACUUAAUAAACUUAAUGAACAAUCAAUCGUUGAUAAUAUGCGAAAACGCUUUAUGGCUAAUUCAAUUUUUACAUACAUUGGGCCAGUACUUAUAGCAGUUAAUCCAUUCAAAGAUAUGCCAUAUUUUACAAAUAAAGAAAUAGAAUUAUAUCAAGGAGCAUCGCAAUAUGAAAACCCACCGCAUAUUUAUGCCGUUGCUGAUAAUAUGUUUAGGAAUAUGAUAAUAGAUAACGAAAGUCAAUGUGUCAUAAUAAGCGGUGAAAGUGGUGCUGGAAAAACGGUUGAAGCUAAAUAUAUUAUGGGAUAUAUUGCUCAAAUAUCCGGUGGUGGACAGCGACUUCAGCACGUGAAAGACGUCAUUUUGCAAUCAAAUCCAUUGUUGGAAUCAUUCGGUAAUAGCGCCACUGUUAGAAAUUGGAAUUCUAGUCGUUUUGGUAAAUAUGUUGAAAUUGUAUUCAGUCGAGGCGGUGAACCAAUUGGCGGAAAGGUAUCAAAUUUUUUACUCGAGAAAUCUCGAGUAGUUCAUCAGAACCAGGGGGAGCGUAAUUUUCAUAUAUUUUAUCAACUGUGCGCUGGAGCAGACGAAAAGUUAAAAAAUAAUCUGGGUAUCACAGCAUUGGAUUAUUACAGUUAUCUGAAUCACAGUGGUUGCUAUAAAACUGAUGGAACUGAUGAUGCUAAAGGAUUUAAACAAAUUCUCCAUGCAAUGGAUAUUAUUGGUAUUGAAACAACAAAACAAAUGGAGAUUUUACAACUUGUUGCAGCCAUUAUGCAUAUUGGUAAUAUCACAUUUGUUGAAAGUAAUAAUUUUGCAGCUAUCGCUGAUGAACGUUUUCUAGAAUUCCCAGCUUAUUUACUUGGCUUAAAAUCAUCAGCAAUACGUGAAAAAUUAACAAGUCGACAAAUGGAAAGUAAAUGGGGUAAACAACGAGAGCAAAUUAAUGUAUCAUUAAAUGUUGAACAAGCGGAAUUUACACGUGAUGCAUGGUCAAAAGAUUUAUACAUACGUCUAUUUCAAUUUUUAAUUGCAUCUGUUAAUGAAGGAAUGAAGAUUUCUUCACGAUUAUCCGGAAAACCGUUAUCAAUUGGUAUUCUUGAUAUAUAUGGUUUUGAAAUAUUUGAUAAUAAUGGUUUCGAACAAUUUUGCAUAAAUUUUGUAAAUGAGAAAUUGCAACAAAUAUUUAUUGAAUUAACAUUGAAAGCGGAACAAGAAGAAUAUAUUAGCGAAGGAAUUUUAUGGACACCAAUUGAAUAUUUCAACAAUAAAAUUGUUUGUGACUUAUUUGAAUCACGAAAACCACCAGGAAUAAUGUGUAUUUUGGAUGACAUAUGCUCACAAAUUCAUGCACAAAAUGAAGGUGCUGAUGGUCAAUUUUUGAUUGAAUUAAAUAAAUAUAUGUCGCAAAAUGAGCACUAUCAAAGUGGCGCACAAUGUUUCAUUAUUAAACAUUAUGCUGGAACUGUUUUAUACAAUAUUGAUGGUUUUUGUGAGAAAAAUCGCGAUACACUUUAUAAAGAUCUUAUUACGCUAAUGCAACAAAGUAAUCGGCAAUUUUUCAAGCAACUUUUUCCCGAAAUAGUAUCGUCUAGUGGUAAGAAGCCAACAAGUUUUUCAUCAAAAAUUAGGAAUCAAGCAAACGAUCUUGUUGAUUCACUUAGCAAAUGCGCUCCUCAUUAUGUACGUUGUAUUAAGCCAAAUGAUACUAAGCGAUCAUUGGAGUGGGAUGAAAAACGUGUUCUGCAUCAAGUUGAAUAUUUGGGUUUAAAGGAAAAUAUCAGAGUUCGACGUGCAGGUUUUGCUUAUCGUCGUCUUUUUCAUAAAUUCCUUUAUCGUUAUGCUAUUCUUACUCCAAAAACAUGGCCCAGUUAUCAUGGUAAUCCUCGGGAAGGAGUUGAGAUCAUUUGUCAAACGGUAAAUAUGGAUCGUGACCAGUAUCAAAUGGGUAAAUCAAAAAUUUUCAUUAAAAAUCCGGAAUCGCUUUUCCUUUUGGAAGAAAUGCGUGAAAGGAAAUAUGAUAGUUAUGCACGUGUAAUUCAAAAAGCAUUCAAGAAAUUCACUGCUUGUAAACGACACACAAAAUUAAAGGAAGAUGCAUGUAAAUUAUUCUUGAAUAAAAAAGAAAGACGACGUUAUUCAAUAAAUCGUAAUUUUAUCGGUGAUUACAUUGGUAUCGAAUAUCAUCCGGUAUUACAAGCAUUGGUCGGAAAGAAGGAACGUAUUAUUUUUGCUGCUACCAUUAAUAAAUAUGAUCGAAGAUUUAAGGUCUCAAAAAUUGAUUUUCUCAUAACAACAAAUAAAAUUGCUCUCAUUGGGAGAGAAGUGGAAAAAAAAGGAUUAAAUAAAGGAAAAAUUAUUGAGGUUUUGAAACGGCAAAUUAAUUUUAAUGAUAUCGCUAAUAUUGGAUUAAGUCCAUAUCAGGAUAAUUUUAUUAUUCUCAAUGUUCAUAAUUCAUAUACAUCACUUUUGGAGACACCGCUAAAAACGGAAUUAAUAAAUGCAAUCAAGUAA